UUUUAUGCUAGUCCCAGUAUAAAUAAAUUUAACUUUAAACUUCAUUUGCGAUAUACUGUACUAAAUAUCGAGUACGUUUCACACUGUUGCUGGCUGCCGCUUUAUGCAGCCCUGACAACGCCGGCGUCACUUUGCUCUUUGCUUUGCUCUUGAGUUCGCGUUAUUUUUAGGCCGCCCAAGUCACUAAAUUUUGGUACACAACAACGCCAGCGCGCCAAAUGUGUGUUUUGCUGGCUAAAAUAGACUAAAUUCCAUACAUAAAAAAAGAACGCAUACUUUUCAAUUAUAAAACACCAAAAAGAAUUCUCACGCAGCGCUGCACGUACAUUUUGCAGGUGACAAUGAGGCUGCUUUACGUGUUUGGCUUGAUUUUGGCCGUGCGACUCGCAUCUGUUUUCAUAGUGCAAACGUAUUUUGUGCCCGACGAAUAUUGGCAAAGUUUGGAAGUCGCUCACAAAUUAACUUUCGGCUAUGGCUACCUGACCUGGGAAUGGGUGCAGGGCAUACGCAGCUAUGUUUAUCCCCUGGCCAUUGCCGCGAUCUAUAAAGUUCUCGCUCUCCUCCAACUGGACAGCGUUGAAUGGUUGGUGUUGCUGCCACGCCUACUCCAGGCGCUGCUCACCACUUACUCCGACUAUCGCUUCUACGUGUGGACGGGCAAGCGAAAGUGGGCCUUGUUUCUCAUCCUGGUGCCUUGGUUCUGGUUCUACACGGGUUCACGCACCCUCGCCAACACUCUUGAGGCUUCUUUGAUCACCAUUGCUUUAAGUUACUUCCCUUGGCAUGGUGAGGGCACCGCCUACUUGUGGCCGGCUGCCAUCUGUUGCUUCUUGCGCCCCACAGCAGCGGUUAUUUGGUUGCCUCUUGCCGUCUAUCAUCUACGCAAGAGUCGCCUAUCGGUUGUGGAGCUAAUCUUCAAACGUUUUGUUGCCAUAGGUUUGCUGGUGGCUGCUGCGGGCAUUGCCAUUGAUACUUAUUGGCAUGGUCAGCUUAUUGUGACGCCUUGGGAAUUCCUCAAGUACAACAUCUUCAACAACAUUGGCAGCUUUUAUGGCUCGCAUCCUUGGUACUGGUAUUUCACCGCUGGCCUUCCCACUGUGCUGGGCAUCAACACGUUGCCUUUCGUCUUUGGUCUCGUUCAAACUGUCCGCAAAAGCGAAAAGUUUCCCAUCAGCAAGCAGCUGUUGAUAACCAUUCUAGUGACGUUGGUUGUGCUGAGUACUGUGGAACACAAGGAGCUGCGUUUUGUCUCCUCGCUGCAGCCAUUGUGUCUGUAUGUUGCCUCCGAUGUGCUCUCCCGCUGGAGUUAUCGUGCCACACGCACCAAACUCUGGUUGGCUGCGUUGGGCAUUUUGCUGCUCAAUGCGUUGCCCGCUUGGUAUUUCAGCACCAUCCAUCAGAAGGGUCCCAUUGAGCUGAUGCCUAAGCUGAGGAACAUUGCUCAGGAGUAUCGUGACGAGCGCGAUCAACGCGCAAAUAUACUUUUCCUGAUGCCCUGCCACUCCACGCCUUAUUACAGCCACAUCCAUGAGAACGUCACCAUGCGCUUCCUGACCUGUGAGCCCAACCUUAAGCAGCUGGCGAACUUUAAGGACGAGGCCGAUCGCUUCUAUGACGCACCUGCUUCCUGGCUGCGCCGUCACAUUCCCGUGCAUCCGCGCACUGCGUUGCCCUCGCAUGUGGUGCUCUUUGAUUCACUGGCCGACAAGAUCAGCGAGUUCCUCACCAGCUACAAGCUGCUGCACAGCAUCGAGCAUGCUGAGGUAAACAAGCUGAGCGAUUCGCAAGCGCUGCUCAACGAAUGGUCAUCGGUGUUGGGCACGAAUCCACCUAACAUCACAUCUCUUCUACAGUUUGUGGAAUCACGCACUGGCAAGGCAAUAUUGGUUUAUCAGCGUCUGAAAUCGGGCGAGGAAAAUGCAUUCAAUCGCCAGGAGUUCCAGGAUGCCGAGCCUGUCAUUGAGCCAGAAGCCUUGCCAAGCGAAAAUCAGUUCAAUUAGUUGAAAAUACUCAGUUCACUCUCUAUGGCAUUUUUUACUUAAAAAUUCAAAGUUCAAGAAAAA